GCUAAAACGUGGUUUUGUAAACGAAAAGCUAGCUAUGACAUUCUAUAUAGCAACAAGCUUAGUCACCCUUACAGUUUUUACUACAGUAAUGGGUAUCAAUUAUUAUGUGCCCCGAACAAAGAAAUUGGACCGAAGCGGUGGAAAGAUGCGACUGUUACGCAAUGCAACUGGCGAUAGUGGACACGGCGGAAAAACACGACGCUGUUGCUCAAGCCAUAUACUCUUCCGCUGUGUUCAGCCAGUGGUGGACCGACGUGUGGAUUGGAGCCAGCGAUAUUAGUGACGAGGGAUUGUUUCGGUGGCAAGCUACUGGUGAAACUCUAAACUACACGAACUGGAAGGCCGGACAGCCGAACAACUACGACGGGGAGGAACACUGUGUGCAUCUGCAGUACAUAUCCAAGGUGGGUUUUAAGUGGAAUGAUGACCAGUGUUCUAAGAAGAAGUAUUUUAUUUGUGAGAAGGUUUGUGACUAAAUUGGGAUACUAAAAGUGUGUUUAAAUUAAAAUGAGAGGAUAAUACGAGUAAAUACG